AUGGUGAGUGUAAGUGGCUUACAUCGGAUAUUUGAUGACUUGCAUAGAAAAAAUGGCAUGAAAUAUACCAUUCAUGAAAUGUAUGAUGAGAAAAUAAGGCAGUUAUGUAGUGAAAGUGACGAGCAACAACUUGAAGGUUUCAGUAUUGGUCUGAACCCUGUAUGUGACAUACCAGUUACUUUUUCAUUACUCAGGAAAAGCAACCUUCCUUUCAUCCACAUCACUGCACCCUGUAUAUGUUGUUUUUUCUCUCCAGAGUGGAAAGCAAAUAUGGCAUUUCCUAGAAUUGAAAUGGAAAGCAAGGAGGAGGACCAUUUUGAAGAUGCCUUUGAAGAAAUUCCAGUAGCAACAUCAAUCAACCUUACUUCAUCCUUAGAAGAAAGUACAAUAGGAUUGUAUUUAUUUCUAAGUAAUAAAUUCUCAGAAGCUUUGGAUUCACUUCGCCCAUUGUAUAAUAAAAGCAUGUACCAUGCCCUUAUCUAUGGCGCUAUUGUGGUUUUUAGGGCCUUCCUGACUUUUGAUGUGCAAGAUAUAGAACUGGCAAACACCACAAUGAAUGAAGUUUUGAAAACUUGUGAAAACUUCAGAAAAAAAACCUCAUUUGUUAAUUCACUGUCUCGUCUAAUUUACAAACAGGGAAUAAAUAAGGUUAAUGAAGAAGAAUUUCAUGCAGAACUCUGCUAUGCUCAAAGUUUAGCACUGAAAGCAUCAUUGAUACUUUUACAAGAUGAAAGUAUGUUUGGUUUUCUCAAAUCUGGAAUCAAUUUUGGGCUAAGUUACCAAAUAUAUAAAGACUGUCAACAGCUAUUAUUGCAUUUACCAAACUACCAAAGCAAAACCCAGAAACAUUUGGCUGGAGCAAUAAAACUUGGAAUUGGAAUAUUCAAUUUGGUAUCAGCACUUUUACCACCUAAGAUCCUUCCAUUAUUGAAUUUUGUUGGUCAUGCUGGAAGUUUGGAAUUAGGUCUCACUUUACUCUAUGAAGGUGCAUCAUCUUCCAGUAUUCACAACAUACUGUGUUUGUUUACCUUGUUCCUAUAUUACAAUUAUGUCUCUGUAACUCUUGGAACUGGAAAGGAAAAGAAGCAUAAUUUUGAAGAUCUCCUUUUAAGUUAUCUCAGGAAGUUUCCAAAGUGUGUCUUCCUUGUCUUUUGUUAUGGACGCUUAAGCAUGCUGAAAGGGAAUUUUGAAUUUGCAGAGAUAAAACUUCAACAAUGCAUUUUUUUACAAAAUGAAUGGCAGCAGCUUCAUCACUUCUGUUACUGGGAACUUAUGUGGUGCUAUAUUUUCCAGCAGGAAUGGCAUUAUGCUUACCACUAUGCAGACCUACUCUGUCAACAAAGCAAAUGGUCCAGAGCUUCCUAUACAUACAACAAAGCUGCCAUUUUGAGCAUGCUUCCUGCUGAAUUUGUGAAAUCAAUAGGUGAGGAUAUAACAUCUUUGUUUUUAAAAGUAGACAGUCUAAAAAUAAAGGUUUUAGGGCAUUCUGUCCCAGUGGAAAACUUUGCUGCUUUGAAAUCUAAACGCUAUAGUAGUACUACCUCAUGGCAUUUAGCACAACCUGUUCUGGAGCUUAUGUAUAUCUGGAGCGGCUUCCGAAUUAUAAGAAGAAGACGAGACCUCAUUUCACGCUGGGUAGUACUAAUUGAAAAAGAAGAGGCAGUUUUACGGAAAGGUCGAAACAAAGAUUAUCAGAUAGAUGACAUGUGUUUGGUAUACUUACUCAAAGGUCUAUGCUUGAAAUACCUGCGCAAAUACUGGAGAGCUGAGCUAUGUUUCAACCAUGUUAUUCAAAAUGAAAAGAUGAUCAAAUUUGACACAUAUUUGGUGCCAUAUGCGUACUAUGAGCUGGGAAUACUGCAGUAUAGACGAGGCGAUAAGAGCACAGCAAUAAGGACCAUAAAGCGGAUUAAAAACUUCAAAGACUUUUCCAUGGAGACCAGGUUACGGCUUAGGGUUCAUUUAGCCCUUCAGCAAAUGACUAAAGAAAAAUGA